CUUUUGAAGCCUGUUUUAGCUAUUAUCGUAUUCGUAUGUGAAGGGUCAUGAAUUACUUUGUCUUAAUAUUAUACCAUUCAAAACUCAGUAACAGCCCAACUCUGGUCUAAAGCUGUAAAUAUAAAUACUUAAGAGACAACCUUAAAAGAAGCUCUCCUCCAUGUGAUAUUGAUGGUCUCAAGAAUUAUGGCUUCUCCAUUCCUGUUCUUCACAUUUGCCAUUGCUUGUCCUCUGUUUUUGUUCAUGUUUCAAUCUCAGGCUGCUCCCAAUUUGGGUGUUGGCAGAGUUAAGGCUUCCAAGAUCGAUUCUCAGAAAGUAAACCUCUCAGUUUACUACGAUACUCUCAGCUUAAAUUGUUCUUCCUUCAUCGUUAGAAAUCUUGCCCGAGUUUUCGACCAAGAUCUCAUUACCAUUCUCAAUCUUAGGCUUGUUCCUUGGGGUAAUGCUCAUUUCAAUAAAUCUACCAAUGCCACUGUUUGUCAGCGUGGACCAGAUGAAUGCAAGCUAAGUACUUUGGAAGCCUGUGUUAUUGAUGUCUUCCAUGAUGUGAACAAACAAUUUGCUCUGAUUUACUGCUUUGAGUUUCUGGCUAUUGAAGGAAGACAAAACGACUGGAAAACUUGUUUCAACUCAUUGGGAUUGCCUCAGAAAUCUGUCUUGGAUUGCUAUAGCAGCGGGAAUGGAACAAAACUUGAAAGGAAAUAUAGUAAUGAGACUGUAAAACUCAAUCCUCCUCCUAGGUUUGUACCGUGGGUGCUAGUGAAUAAUCAACCAAUCCGAAAUGAUUAUGCAAAUUUUGCUCUCCAUGUGUGCAAUGCUUAUAAAGGUAGAAAUAUGCCCAAGGCCUGCCAAUCGCUUCCACCUAGCUAAGGUAGAAUGAGCUCCAGCAAGAAGGCAAUUUCCACCUAGUUUGAUAAACAUCUGAAGCAAAAACAUGCAGAUCUAAUAUAAGGAGAGAAAAUAAAUAAAUAAAUUCCCACUGGUUUCUUUUUACAAGUAACAAAAUUAGCAUACAUUCCAAUGAAUGAAUAAGUAACUGUCUCUUUUUUAAUUUUCAA